AUGCAGAAAGAAUACGUUGUUAUGGGCUUCCAGUGCUCAUUGUUGUUAGCAUUUUUCGCCGCGGCUCAGGUCUGGGCGCAGUACGGGGAAUGGACGCCGAGUUUUCACUGGACGGAGAAAAUGGACAUAAAAAACCCGGAAAACAGCCCUACCUUCAACAACCUAGAACUUGGGUCUCUGCAAGAUGCAUGGCAGGUCCUAGAAGAAACGUCAAAUAAUGCAUAUUUUUUGUUGCUUCGCAUCGACGUUCCCGUUUUUGAAAGAUGUAUCUCCGCAACAGCAAAGAUCACAGACGAUACGAACAAAACCGCAAAUUACACAAUCAUGAUUUACCAUUCGAGAAAGAAGACAUACGAGAAUGUCACACUACAAGUGAGAGCUCUGAAUCAAACUGACUACCCGGUUGAAAACGUCAUAAGGGCAAAUUUCAAUGGGACACUCCCAAAUGCUACCCCGGUUCCCCCAGGAAGCUACACGUACGCUGAGUGUGAUAACUCCACCUGUUAUUCCAGAAGUACUCCCUUUCCUGAUACGGAAAAUGCACGAGACUAUGGUGGUUCUAUGGGGAAUGUUCUAGAUGUAUUGUUCUACAUUCCGGAAAGUGCUGGCGAUUUUGACAUGUAUGUCGUCUACAACGAGCCGCAAUGUUAUAUCCUUAGGAAUCCCGCAGCCUCAGGAGGAUGCGACUUGUGGCUGAGAAAAACCGAGUUGAAAAAAAUAGUGGAUGACCACAAAGAUAAAAUUCUAGAAAAAGAAAAGGAACUGAUUGAGAAUCGUAAGAAAGAGCUUCGAAUCUAUGAAAACUGCACUGCUACAAAUAAACAAAAAGGAGACCUACAAGUUUACGUACAAGAUCAGAUUGAAAGAUGGUUUCAAGACAUCGUAUGGAAACAGAUUUCCCUCGACUGCGUUCUCGCCUUCAUGAUAACCUGUGGAAAGCCAAUAUUUAGAGCUUACAAUCCGAUAACCUGUAAUGCCUCACUAACAGGGCAAUAGGUGUCCAUUUCCUAGAAUUCACAGGCGUGAUUCUCAAUUGCA